AGUAUUAAAGUCACAAUAUGGCAUCCUCUACGGUUGACUUCCUGAAGUUUGCCAUUCACGGUGUAAAUAUGACUUCCGAUUGCGUUUCGCUGCGCAGGAAAACCGGAGUGAAAAAAAGAAAGAAUUGAAUAGAGGUAUGGAAAGAAACGAAAACGUAUAUAUUUUUUAAAUUAGCAGUUGCUUCUGGUUUCCGUAUAUUCAGGUUUGGUUAUGGAUUUUUAUAAAGCAUUUAAUCUGGUUAUUUUUACACUUAUUGUUUUAUAUUAUUCAACAUUGUAUUUUAUACCGGUUAUUGCUGUAUGUUGCACAGAAAGCGAGGAAAAAACGGGAAAUGGAUGAAUUUGCGAGGUAAUAAAUUAAACAAUAAAGAAUUAUACACUUUGAAUUGUAUUGCACACUCUGUUAAAUCAAGAUUAGCAGGUUGCAUUUGCAUCCAACUAUUGUAUGCAACCGAAGUAAAAACGCAGCACACAAUGUUUCCGACAUAAGAGAGGCAUGUAUCUACAAUAUACAUUAAGCAACCUUCAACCUUGCACUUUGUUUUUUUUUACAAUUGCCGGUUUUGCACGAAAAGUUGUUCUUGUUUCAUAAAAGUUAUUUAUAUAAUGUUACAUGCUUGUACAUAACCUAUUUUGUGCUGGUUAAUUAAAGAAAUGCACGUGCACGUGCAUUUAAAUUGUAUGCUAUAAUACUAAUAUUGAAUUUCUGCUUAGUUUCAGAGUAUACAUUAAAAUCUUAUAGAUAAUUUGUGAAAUACAUGGCAGGCAAAGAAUUUUUGAAGUACCGUACACUAUGUACGGAAGAUGUAAAUGAUGAGAUAGAAGGUCUUAAUGAGAAGCUGAUACAACUGUUAACACAAAAAGUCUCACCUCUGGUUACUAGAAGUAAUCAAUUAUCAUGUGAUAGUAAAGUAGAAAGUAAUAAUUCUAAAGUAGAAUUGGAUGCAUCCACUUCUUCAUUGUUCAACCACUGCAAAUAUGAAUGCUCACAUCUGUAUCAUGACAGCCCUGUCAAAAUAUUACCAGUGCAUCUUCCACCUAUUGGUGUAUUCUGGGACAUUGAGAACUGCCAAGUUCCUAAGGGCAGAUCCGCCAUAGCAGUUACACAAGUAAUUAGAGAUAAAUUUUUCAAUGGCUAUAGAGAAGCAGAAUUUAUCGUUGUUUGCGAUGUUCAGAAGGAAAAUAACCAUAUUAUACAGGAACUGAACGAUGCUCAAGUUAAUUUGAUACACGUAGCCGCUACAUGUAAGAAUGCUGCGGACGAGAAACUUAAACAGUCCAUUAGAAGAUUCGCAGACAUUCAUGGCAGCCCAGCAGCUAUAAUCCUAAUAUCUGGCGAUAUUAAUUUCGCUGCUGAUCUCAGUGAUCUGCGUCACAGGAAAAAGAUUCAUGUGAUAUUGCUGCAUAAAAGAAAUACCUCGGAAGCAUUAAUAUUAUGUGCUAAUGAACAUUAUGAUUUCACGGAGCUUAUGGAACCAUUACCGUCCAGAACUCCAGCAAAGGGUAUUGAAUCUUAUGAUCUUCUAGUUAGUAAUCUUCCUGAUGAAAAGGAUGUCGCAUUCAUUAAGCGCCGUCUUAAGCAGUUAUCUGAGAAUUGUGGUGGUCGUGUGAUAGACGUCCAGUCAAAUACUUCCAUUAUACGUUUUACAUCACAGAGUUCUGCAGACAGGGCUCAGAAACGUAUGGAUGGAGAAUAUAUUCUGGGAUCGAAAAUAUCUGUGAAAUUUCUAAGUAAGGAGAAAGGAUAUAUCGCAAAACAUCUAGGAAAUAUCAUAACGCGAAAUCGAGCAGUCAGCGAAUCGGAAAUUGUUACUAGUUCUAAGCAAAGCGGCUCUAAGCAAAUGUAUACUGCAAGUGCCUCUGUACUAGGGACAAGAACCCUCCAAUACCCACAUUAUCAGUCAUCGUCGCCAGUAGUGGGCGCCUAUCCUGCUUACAAUGCCCAUUGUGCGCCCAUCAAUGUUCAACCAUCUGGAAUGAUACAGCAACCUCCGUUUUUCUUUGGAAGAUCAUAUCCAAGUAGUGGCGACGUGGCUUUCAAUAGAACAUACAAUGAACUCCCUAGGAUACAGUCGCCAAUAAUUUGGCCAGUUUCAAACCUUCAACAAUAUGGUCAUUUAUGGGAAGAACAAUACAAAGUGGAGAAGCCAAAGGUACUGGGAAAACGAACUCACGUCUCGCAGGUUCGAGACAAUAAUAUCGUUAGUAGUACAACUUCUCGCACUCCUGAUGGUCUUCGGCGCAUCAGAGGCACACACAGUUCGCUUACUCAUGCUCCAGACUGGUUUGCAGGGCGACAAUCAUAUAGUUCAUUAACUGUUCCGCCUAAUUAUAAUGGGCAAACCAAUUCUUUUAAACGGCGUAGUCCAUCCCCGUUGUACGAUGCACCAACUAGAGAAAAAACCUCGUGGCAUAGUCAGAAUCAACAGCAGAUUUCUACACGAAACAACAAAACACCAUCGCCUUACGAAAGCAGCAUGUUACAGGGAACUGGACAACACAACCAAACCUCACGUUCGCAUUUAAGCGAUGCAGAAAACGAAGAAGUAGAGAAAUUUCUCAAUCCUACAAAUAAUCGCAAUGGAUCUGGCAGCAAUAAUGGCACUAAUACACCCAUUGAAUUACAAGUAACAAAUUUAGAUCAAAACAUCGAUAUGAAGGACAUGAAGCGAAUUCUUUCUUCUGUAUUCAUGGAACAUGUUUUGGUAUUACAUAUUUCUAUAUUUAUGCAAUCAGACGGUAAUUAUGGCGCUAGUGUUAAAGUACCCUCACUGCAGGAUGCGCAGUAUGCAAUUUCACAAUUACAUCGUCGCAAAAUAGGCUACAAGCGUAUUUUAAUCUCAUAUGCUCACACCAGCGGACCAAACCCACAACUUAUCCGCGCGCAAAUUGUAAUGCUGCUGCAAGAGGUUCCAGCGCACAAACUUCCGCUAUUCAAAUUUCGCGAAAUGUACGAGAGCCGAUUCAUGAUCUCUAUAAGCAUUUCCGAGUUGUUUAAGAUGAAGGAUGUGUGCAUAAUUACGGAAGAUCCAAGCGGCAGAAUGGUUUCGCUGAAUCCAGAUCACAGAAACACGCCGUCGCCGUGCUUCAGCAAUACGAUACAGGAUGGACAAGUCAGGUUUCCGUAUUGCACUAUUCACAUCUCGAAACCACUGUCCGACAAAGGUUGGGCGGAACAGGAAAUGGCAUCGUUGCCUAAUGUAAAAAUUUCGUUGAAACUUCUCGAGUCCCGUAUGCAACAAUUACUGUCAUCACACAAUGGCAUUUUACCUUUACCAAGUCUACCAAAUUGUUACGAAGCUGAAUUCAAAGAACAGAUAGAAAUUGUGGAGAAUGGUGUGCCGUUGGAACAUUUGGUAUCAUGUUUAUCAUCUGUUGACCUGAGACAAGAUAUCGGCAGCGUAAAGUAUAUUGUGUGGAUAGGAAAAAAGGAUCACGAAAAUAAUCACGAUGAAACCAAGUGCGUGAGUCCAUCGCUCGCGAAUCAGUUGGCUCUUUUUAGUCGCGAAUUGGUAGAUCUUCUGAAAACCGCUCCGCACUGCCAAUUGCUCUUUAAUCGAUUUAUACCAGCAUAUCACCAUCAUUUCGGACGGCAAUGUAGAGUUGCUGAUUACGGAUUCACCAAACUAAUUGAUUUGCUAGAAGCGCUUACACAUACUGUGCAAGUAAUGGGUGAAGGUAAUAAACGUGUCGUCACGCUGUCACAUCGUGCUCAAGUACGCCGUUUCACUUCGGAUUUAUUAAGAGUGCUAAAGUCAAAAGCCAGCAAACAAGUAGCACUUUCAGAGUUCCCCAAUGUUUAUUCUAGAGUAAUAGCAAAACCAUGGGAUAUUGUCGAUUAUGGUGUAUGUCAUAUCGAGGAUAUUCUCAGUGAGGUGUCUGAAAAUACAGUUGUUGUAACGCCUAUUGAGAAUGGUGAUAAGAUGAUAGCCAUUCCGAAACGUGAACAAACUGCGGAAGAAAUUGAACGGACGAAAUUAUUUGCCAAAGAAGUUGUCGAAUUACUGCAACACGCACCUCAAUGCAGAAUGUUGUUCAAUAAAUUCGUACCUUCCUAUCAUCAUCACUUUGGUCAUCAGUGCCGUGUGUCUGAUUAUGGAUUUACCAAAUUGAUCGAAUUAUUCGAAGCUAUUCCAGACGUAGUCAAGAUCGAGGAAGUAAAUGGAGGCGAAAGACAAAUAUGCUUGACCGAAAAAGAGGGUCUUAAAGUGCUCUCUGAACAGAUAUCGAAGCUAGUGUCGCGUACCAGAGGUGGCCUCAGUGUCUCGAGCAUCGCUCAAACGUUCCUUCAUCAGUUCGGUUAUGCGCUACGUCCCGAGUUAUUCGGUUGCAGUUCCAUGUUACAGCUCAUGCAAAAACUUGCAGAUACCAUUCAGAUCAUAGAUUUGGCCACAGGACCUGCCAUCAUCACCAUAGAUAAAUCGCAUUUGCAGCAAACUACCCUUCAGUGCCGACGUAUAUUGAUGGAUCAAUUUGAGUAUAAAAUGCCUGUCAGAGAAUUUGUUCAACAAUACUCUCAAUAUUACACGAAGCAAUGUAAUUUAGAAGAGUUCAGAAAAGAUCUGACAAAUGUUAUUCAGUUUAUGAUAAUAAACGGCGAACAAUUCAUCGAACUGACGCCAUUGCAUCGCUUUGCCUGUGAUCUUUAUCGCGUAAUGAUAAAUUAUGGUAGUGCAGUGAACUUGUCACAGUUCGAUGUAAUAUACACGCGUAUCACGGGUUCGCCUUGUAAACCUGCACAGUAUGGUUUCCCAACAAUAACUGCACUUUUACAAGCGUUACCUUGCACCGUAACGAUAAAAGAGACAAGAAAGAAAGAAGCGAUUAUUUAUUUAAAUAAAAAGUUAGCUGCUGGUAUACAUUUGCCAACAAUAUACAAGCCGAUUUCGUCCUAUCAGGAUGCAGAUUCCAGCAAUGAAUCAUUUGAGAGUGAUUCUUCCCUCCGUGCAAAUAUUUCUAGUGUCCGUGGCGUGAUGAGCCAACAAGAAAAGUGGUUCGAUCAAUUAGAAGACAUGAAUUCUUGGAAAGCACAACUCGAUAAAAUUGUCUGGGCAGAGAAUCGUGACAAGCAUUGGAAAAACUUGCCAAAUUCGGAGAUCCAUCCGAUUAAUUGGCCGGAAAACGACAAUGAGAGCUUUAUAAACAACCUAAUACGCACACCGAUGAUGCAACGUAAUUUUCCUCCGCCGCCACCUAAGCCCGAUUCUCCGCCCGAGGAUACUGCAUGCAAAAAAGAACAUUGGAUCUCAUCGCUUUGGAUGUCCCCAACGAAAUUUACGUAUCCACAAGAUGAACAUUCCACGAAUGUACAGGUUCCACCGUUAACUUUACCCAGUUGGAAUCAGAUCCUGUCCGGCGACGGUACAUCGAACUUACUGUCACCCACCAAAAAUCUGUUGCCUGCUGCCGCGAAUCCCUUGUAUCCGCCUACUUCUCCGUAUUAUGCCAAGUCCGUUGUUGCACCACAUCCAUCCGAGCUGCCACUUCCCUCUUUAUCACUUACACCUAAGAAGAAGUCGACAGAUAGUCAGAGAAAGCCCGCCACUAAUGCGCGAAUGCAUUUCAAUCUUCCAAAUCUCAAUCUUCAAAGUUCCGAAAGUGACGAUAACGCUAUCGAUGAUGAUCAGAGCAGCGACAAUCAUGGCGUCUCCAGUAAGCCUUUUAAAGGCAAAAGGCGUCUGGCGGCCCAGUUCAAUCAACCGAUCGAGCAGUAGACAAAAGAAAAAAUAUAUUAAAAAUUAAUACGCACAGCCGAUUAAAGCCGAUUAAAUUCAAUAAAUCUCUCUUCACUCGGAAAUAGUAGCAGACUGUGGACUUUAACGUUUUGAUAAAUCGACACUCAAAAUGGGUUUAGAUUACCUAUACAUUGUUUCAUGGAUGGUAGGUACUACAUUUCAUUCAUAUAAGAAAUUUAUCGUAAAUUUGCGUGUAGAUUAAACGUGUAUGCAAAUUCAUAGAGAUAAGUUAUACAGUACAAGUUAUUUUCUAAACGCAUUAAGGGAUACAUCGAACAGAUAGGUAUGAUCAUUAUAACCAGGAUCGUAACGUGAAAUGUAUAAGUGACAUUUAUUAUCAAAUGACGUGCUGAUGAUUAGGAAACAUGUAGCAUUUUUCAUACUGUGAUAUAGAAUAUAAAAGAAAGCGAAACUCGAUAGUAAUAAUAUAUCGGAAAGAAAGUUUGGAAUAACAAGAUUAAUUUUUCAGCAAAUUAUGCAUAAAAAAAUCGUUCAAUGCAUUCAAUUGUAAUUGCUUUUAGUCGUUUUUUUUAUAUAUAUAUAUAUCGCGUCUUGUUUUAUUAAUAAUUUAUUAUUGUAUAUCAUUUUCAGAUCUUAUGUUUUGUAUCGAAUUUACAAUCAAUUUUAACUUGAUUGUUUCGUCUACUUAACAGUACAUGUCAUAAAAUAAUUUAUAUUUGUCUUUUCACGUUUGCAUAUAUCCAGGAAAAAAUUCGACAAUAUCUCAUAAUUAUCACAUCUUAACGUAAUUAAUUUUCCCGUGUAAUUCAAUUAUUGUUCAACAGCUUCUUCCAAUUUGCUUAAUUAGCUUUUUAUUGUCGAAAAUGUGCGAGUCGCCCAUAUCCAUAUGACAUAUUGUAUGUCUGAAAAACAUAUUAUUUGUAAUUAUUUGCAACUAUGUGAAAUUCUCUCUCGUCUAUCUCCAUCUGUACAAUUGUCUGUCUUCAUCUGUAUAUUUUACUCACUUCGCGAAUUUUUCAUCAUUACAAUUUGAUACAUUUUUCAUAGCGCAAUGUAUAAUUUUAUGAAUUUUUGUUACGGAUAAAUGAAUAUAUAUUACGAAUAUAACAAUGAUGCAAAAUUGAGAUACGAUAAGAAUACGAUGUUACAAGUCGCUGCAGAAAUCCACAAUAUGCAAGGAAUUUUAUGGAUAAAAGAUGUUUCAAUGUUUAGAAAUUAGUACUAUUAUUUAGUAUAGAAAUACGCAAAAUAGUGGUGCGACAUGACAUAAAAUUUUAACAGAGAUCAUCGAGACAAAUUCGUCCGAUACUAUUAAAUGGCGAUAAGUAUCACCGUAAUUUUAUUUAAAGAGACGAAACAAGUGUGUAAAGCUUGCACCAAAUAUUUCUGUAUAAGCAUCCAUUGCACAUUUUUCUUUAAAGAGGGCAAAAUGUGACUGAUAAUAGAUUUCUUUUAGAUAACAUUUUGCUGAUUAUAUUAAAUGCAUAAUAUAAGCCACGUAAUAAGAAUAUCGCUCUCUUUGAAUUGUAUAGAAAGAUAAAUUAUCUCACUUUUAAUCUUUAUACUUUAUGCUCAUCAUAUAUGUGACAUGGAUGUAUAAUAAUUUGCAGCAUGAAAGAUUUUUAUAUUGUACUCUAGGGUUAUUACUAUAACAAAUUCAUUGUUUUAUGCGAUAUUAAUUAGCAACCUAUCGCCAUAUUCCGAACUUAUCACUCUGUUUAUAAAGAAAACGUUUUUUGAAAAAUAUUACCGAGAUACCUAAUGUUCAUGCUAUCUUCAUUGAAUUAUUUAAACAUUUUGUGAUACAAGUGAUCAAGUGACAGGCAGAUAUCAAGUGUUACAUAAUUACAAGGAUUGUAGUGUUCCGUGACAUUUUUAAUUUUUAAUAUUUUGUUUAUUUAUUCGUAUUAAAAGAGAUAGUCUUGUUACUGUGUUUACUGUGUAUAUUUAUGCAUAAGAGAAUGAAUCCUAUUAGAUUUUAUAUUUACAUUGAAAAUUUUGUAUACACGUUUUGUAGAAAAAAUUUUAAUUCAAUCAGCGAUAUCUUACGUCGUUUAAUGCAUACCACUGCGUAAGAUAUUUCAUAUGAAUAGUUUGUCUUGCGUCGAAAAUGCGAUAUCGUAAAAGUUUUACAUGUAUUCAGUUUACUUUAGCAUACUAAAUGAUUGAUAAAUUGUCUAGUUAUAUUAAUAGGAACAUAAUGUCGAAAUAGAGAAAAUUGUAAAUGAGAUUAAUGUGCACAAGAUGAUUUUAUUGUAAUAACAAAAGAAACUCUAAUGUAUGAAUCAUAAAGGUGGAAUUGUCUAAACGA